CUGACAACGCAGUCUCAAAACAGUUUGACGUUGACGUGGAACAAAUAUUUCGGUGGUUUCUUUUCUAUCCUUCGGAUUACGUGUGGAAAAUCAAAUCUGCUCAAAACUAUCUUCCCAUCAUCAACAUAUUCAGUGCAUUAGCCAGCGUCUGCUCAUCUUUGUAGCCCUCUGCCAUGGCCGAUUGGGAUGAAAUCAAACGUUUGGCGGCCGACUUCCAAAAGGCCCAACUUUCCACUAGUCUACAAAGACUGUCGGAAAGAAAUUGCAUCGAGAUUGUAAAAUUACUGAUCGACAAAGGGCUCAUCGAUGUGAUCUACACCAACGAUGGCAAAGAGUACCUUACGCAAGAUCAUCUACAGCAGGAAGUGAAGGAUGAGCUGUACGUUCGUGGCGGUCGUGUUAAUUUGAUCGAGCUGGCCAAGGUUUUGAAUGUAGAUUUUGUAAAGAUUGAGUACAUUGCAAAGCGGCUAUCAGAUCGUAAUCCUGAGCUGCAUCUGCUGCUUGGUCAACUAAUCGAUGCGUCCUACAUACAGCGUGUGGCAUCAGAAAUCAACCAGAAGCUGGUCCAGUACGGUGAAAUUAAUAUAGGACAGCUGACUAUCACGUACGAUCUGCCGACCGAUUUCAUCCUGAACCAGAUAGUGUUGGAAAACUUGCACAAAAUCAUUUUCGCCAAACAGGAUCCAACAAAUGCGCACAUCUUCUUCACGCAAUCGUACAUCAUGCGCAACAAGGCCAAAAUUCGUGGUGCGCUUGCCGCGAUUACAAAACCUACACCAGUUUCCGUCAUUCUUAAUCUUACGGAUGUACCCGCGCGCAUACUUUACAUGUCACUGAAAGAAUUGUCCUCGCUCGGUUCGCUCACCGUUCAAUCACCGGCCGGGCAAUACAUACCGCACGUAUACGAACGUAUGCAGGCCGAGUACGUGAAGGAUUAUUUCCAGCAAAACGGAUACAUAACGAACGACGCCGUUACGAAGUUGGGAGUGUCGGAUGUUCGAUCAUUUGUCCGGUCCCGAUUGCCGGAAGAGAAGCUGUUUUAUAUGAAGAACUGCAUUGUCAGUAACCGGCUAAUCGAACGUGUCACGUACGCUAUGGAUGCUUGCAUAAGCACCAAUUCGUAUCUGGACAUGUCGACCAUUCUGCCUCCGGCGUUAAGCAACGAUAAUAUGGAAGAAAUUCUUACGCACGUACUGACGCCCGCGAUACGCAAACAGACGUACGUUUUCGGGACGGUAGUACUGACGAUAAACUUUAUGGAUGAGUGCGUCAAAGGUUGCCAGGAGUUGGUGAAUGAGCAUGCGAAACGUGCUGUGGAGAGUGGCAACUAUCAGAAGUACAUGGCGGAGAAAAUGAUGCAACAUCAGGAUGUGGAUCAAUUUGCGACGGAUGAAGGAAAGGUGGACAAACGUGAAGAACGGCGCAAAAAGGCCGCCACUGGAAAGGGUGGUGGUGGUGCGCAGGGACGUGAGACGAAAACAAAAUCUACCAAGAAACAUGCCCGUGGCAACAAGGGCAAUGCGAUGGAUUCGGAUGAUGAUGCAGAUAUGCAGUCCGGUGCAGGAGGAAAGAAGGGUGGAAAGGAACCGCACAUUGAACUGAUAAGCGUGAAGGAGAUUGCCAAGGUGGUGGAAAAAGCCCUCGAACCCGAAGGUCUGGAGAUGCUCGACAAGGACCUGGCACAUCAUUAUUACCCAAUCCUUAGCAAACAGGCACUGGCAAAGGCGCAUGAGUUGUAUGAGCAGUCGCUCCAGAAGAACAAUCAAAAUCGCCGCCAAACGCAUGCCAGCAUCCAGGAGAAGCUGAACACGCUCUACAACGAUAUCCGGCUGUACGAGAAAGGUUUGAAGCUGUUCCCAUCCGAUGUACAGGGCCAGCUGUUGAAGUAUCUGCUUAAAACGUACGGCACGGACGUUUGCAACGAAAUAUGCCUAUACGUGGCGGCCGAAUGUAAUCUGAACACCAACUUUAAUGCUCCACUAACGGCCGAACAGCGCACAAAGAUUGCGAACGACAGCAGUGCGGAGUAUCGGGCCCCGCUGCAGACGCUCUGCAAAUCGCUCACUACGAGCGAAACCGUGGAAGACUUCCUGGAGAAAACGGACAAAGCGAUGCAGGCGUGCAGCAUGAUGUUGAAAAAGAUUGACAAGAAAAAGGAUAGAAAUUUGAUUCUCUGCCACAAACAUGGACUACUGGAGCAGCUUACGAACUGUACCGAUCCGGCAUUGGUACUUCAUUUGGCCGUACUGAUUAUCUUCACCAUCUCUACACAAACGAUGCUUCACGCUUCAGGGCGUCAUGUGUCCGCCAUUUUAAGCUUCCUGCAGACGGUGCUGACGGCGGAAGAUUCGAAAACGUUCACUAACUACCAUGAUCUUGUACUGAAGCUGCUAAGUACGGAGAGUGCUACCUCGGAGGAAAGCAAGUCAAAUGCGGAAGAUAUUACCAAGCAGCUGAGCGAGCUGAUACCGGCUGUGAAGAACAUUGCCAGCAGCUUCAAGAAAGCGGGAGUAACCGCAGUAGAAUAGGCGACACGCUCGGGUAUGAUUUGUGGUGAGGGAGGAAAAAAAGAUAAACCGGAGUCAUUAAUUAAUUCGAUUGGGUCUCGCUUUGGCAGUAUUCGCCUCUUUCCGGUUCAAUAAAGCUACGCUUGUUAAUUGUUUCACUUAAUUAA